AUGGCUGCGUACUCUGUGCUUGCUGCAAGAGAAAUAGAAUUAAAGAAAAUACGUGAUGGUGAGCUGUCUAGCAAGAGGAAGCCAGCACCCCCACCUGGAACUAAGGAAAGGGCAUUUCAUCGCUACUGGCAAAUGAUACACAAUGAAAAACAUGUAGAGAAGAUAUCUGAAGAAGAUGACUUCACCCCGGAACCGAUUAAGAAACGUGCUCAGCCAGAACCCAAGUGGGAUUCAGAAUUUGAGCCAGCAGGGUUUUUCCCACACCAUUCCGUAUGCAAACCUGUUGUACCUGAAUCAAACGAUGACGGCUCUGAGUCUCCAGCGAAGAGGGAGACUCCAUAUCCGAUACAUCCAAUGGGAUUCAUUCCAAAUUCUGUAUUGGUUCGACUUUUGUGGCCUCCGGAGGUGACACAGAAGGCCGCUGAGGAUAGGUACAAGCCUCCUGCAUUGACUGAUGAGCGAUAG